CCAUACAGCAAAGAUGGACCGGGGAAAUUCACCGCAUCAUCGUGUCCAGCAACUAGGAGCAGCAAAGCACGAAGCCGCCGCCGCCGCCGCCGCCGUACGCAGGGAAACAAGCAGCAACACUGAGCGCAGCCGGCCGUACCGCGACGCCAACUCCCCUCUUCCUCCCAGCUGAACCAGCUUCUCGCGCACUCGACGAUGGGCGUCGAAUCGGCACACCCAACCCCCGCCGCCGCCGCCACCGCCGAGCAGGCCCAGGAUCUCAUCGACGCCGCGAGGUACGACGAGCUGGAAGACGUCGUUGCCCUGUUCUCCGCCGGAGUUUCCCUGGACUCGGCAGAUUCGCAAGGGCGGACGGCUCUUCAUAUGGCUUCUGCCAAUGGACAUCUUGCUGUGGUGGACUACUUGAUUCAAAAUGGUGCGAAUGUUAAUUCUACAAACUUGGAAAAGAACACGCCUCUCCACUGGGCAUGCCUCAAUGGACAUAUAGAGGUAAUCAAAGCUUUGAUAUGUGCUGGGGCUAUUGUAAGUGCACUGAACAGCCAUGAGAAAACCCCUAUGGACGAAGCAGUGACCCUUGGAAAGAUGGAAGUGAUCGAUGCAAUUGGUGCAGCAGUAGCUCAAGCAGAGCUCGAUGGCGUUACUGUCUCCUAAACAGUCACUUAGGAGGCUGAUAUAAGCUAGUAUCUGGGGCACUAGAACAUGAGUUACCUAUAUCAUCUGUUUGGGCCAUCGCCUGCUAGUGUUAAAUGGCAUAAAAUCUGGCUGUAGGUGCAGCAGAUCACAUGUAGUGUCUUGUUCUAUAAGAUUGCAACUCUCUUGUUUGUAACUUGUAAGGCCAUCGACAUCUGCUGAGCUAAUUCUUUCUUGUUGAAUCA